GUCUUCCUCCUCUUCUUCCUCCUCGUCAGAGCCCCGUCCCCUGCCUGGCACCAUGGCCCGACGUGCCCACGGCAGCCGGGCCUGGCGCUUCGUCCUGAGCGGGGUCCGCCCUGACCCCCGGCCGGCGGUCCUUUCUUCAGGUGCCCCCUCCUGGGGCUACGAUUCCGACGGGCAGCACAGCGACUCGGACUCGGAGACGGACUUCCCUCCGCCGCCCGCCUCGAUCCCCAGCGCGGUGCCCGUGACCGGGGAGUCCUUCUGCGGCUGUGAGAGCCACGCCCAGCCCCCGGCCUGCUCCGGCCUCCACUCCGGCCUCCACCCCGUCCACCGCGCCGAGGACUGCCGCUGCGGGGAAGAGGAUGACCAUUUUGAGUGGGCCUGGGACGACCUCCACAAGUCCCCCGCCGCGCUGCUGAGCUGCGACAACCGCAAGGUGAACUUCCACACGGAGUACAGCUGCGGCACCGCCGCCGUCCGCGGCACCAAGGAGCUGGCCGACGGCCAGCACUUCUGGGAGAUCAAGAUGACCUCGCCCGUCUACGGCACCGACAUGAUGGUGGGCAUCGGCACGUCAGACGUGAACCUGGACAAAUACGGCCACACGUUCUGCAGCCUCCUGGGGAAGGAUGAGGACAGCUGGGGCCUCUCCUACACAGGGCUCCUCCACCACCAGGGCGACAAGCGGACCUUCUCGUCCCGCUUCGGCCAGGGCUCCAUCAUCGGCGUCCACCUGGACACCUGGCACGGCACGCUCACCUUCUUCAAGAACCGCAAGUGCAUAGGCGUGGCCGCCACCAGGCUGCAGAAAAAGAAGUUCUACCCCAUGGUCUGCUCCACGGCGGCCAAGAGCAGCAUGAAGGUGAUCCGCUCCUGCGCCAGCCUCACCUCCCUGCAGUAUCUGUGCUGCCAACGCCUGCGCCAGCUGCUGCCCGCCCGCGGCGACACGCUGGAGGCCCUGCCCCUGCCCCCGGGCCUCAAGCAGGUGCUGCAGACCAAGCUGGGCUGGGUGCUCGGCCUCAGCUGCCCCGGCCCCCGAUCCCCCGCCCCGGCCCAGGGACCCGCGGGCCCCGGGCCCCGGCAGAGGAAGCGGUGCCGACGGUCUUAGCCGGACGGUCCCCCGGGCCGGGGCGGGGCGGCGUGACUGCCUCUCUCCUCCUCCUCCUGCUCUGCCCACGCCGAAGGGGGUCUGGGUGGGGUCCCCUGGCUGAUCCUCCCUCCCCGUGGAGUGGGCUCCCGCUGACUCUCGGCCCUGGCGAUGCCCGAGCGGAGCUGCCCACCGCAGCUCCUGAGAUGUGGCUGCGGAGGCCGGCCGGAAACCGCUCCGAGCCUCUGCCCGGGGGAGGGAGGGGCGGGGGACAGUCCCCUACUGACUGGACACCUCGCCUCGUGGCCUUGUUGGAGCCCAAGCCCCCCGCCCGGGGCCCGGGAUCCGUUUUUAAAGCAAAGACCACCACCACCACCACCACCACCAUGACCGCCACCGCUUUGCACGUCCGCACCCUCUGCCCUUCCUGUAUCGGGGAGCCUCUAUUAAAUUUGCAAGGGAGCCA